AUGAGAUAUAGCUAAAAGAUACUGAUCAUAAGAAAAAGAUGAGUGGCAUGAUCACAGAAGAGCUGAAAGCAAAGGCAGAGUACUACUAUGGAGAUGAGAAGUGCCAAGAAAAGUCCAAGUUUUUGUUACAAGAAGUAGGACUGCCAAGAGGACUGCUUCCAUUGAAGGACAUAAUAGAGUGUGGGUAUGUAGAAGAAACAGGGUUUGUUUGGCUGAAACAAAAGAAGAAGAUAGAGCAUUGCUUUGAAAAGAUUGGCAAGUUGGUGUCUUAUGCACCAGAGAUCACUGCUUUUGUGGAGAAAGGCAAGAUCAAGAAGCUCACUGGUGUUAAGACUAAAGAGCUGCUUCUUUGGGUCACUUUGAAUGAGAUCUCUUUGGAUGAACCUCACAAUGAGAAGCUUGUUUGUAAGACCUCUGCAGGACUUUUUAGGACCUUUCCUGCUUCUGCAUUUGAGCUUCAGGAGGAUUUGAACAAGAAAGAACAAGAACAACAACAGCCACCAAUUAGUAAUUAAUUAGUACUAAUCUUAAAUAUUAAUCCUGAUGCAUGCAUGAAGAAAAUU